UUUCCCCGCCGCCCGCGCCCCCUCCCUCUCCCCUCAUUUAUCGUUCCACAGGGGAGUAAAAAAGCGUUCCUUUUUGGCACGAUUCGCUCAUAGGCGGUGAAUCAUCACAUUCGUCCCCCACAAGAUCGCGAUUUUGGCUUGCUCCCGUAGCGAAGGCGUGGAUUGGCACCUUGCGGAGUCCACAUUCGUUCUUGUCUCCUCGAUUUCCGACUUGUUUCUUGGGUUCUCUUAGCGUGUCGGUCUUGGCGCCGUGAUCUGGAGUCAGGCCGAGGGUUCUUCGUGGGAAUCUGGUUCUGAGCUCCGGAGAGCAGUGCGCUAGGGUUUGAUCCUCGCUCCGAGAAUGAACAUUUGAUGGAUGGAGAUGGUUCUUUCUGAGAUGGCUAGGUUGAUAUGAAGAAAUGUGUAGGAGAUUCAAGAAAGGUGGAAUCUUUAUGCGAUAUUUUUGAGUUCUGAAUACUUUGGGGGAACUGUAGCUUUGCAAGGACGAAUUAUCGAUAGAUUUAGCAGGAGGAAAUCGGUAAUAUCGAUCCGGAGGACUUGUUUCUGAAGGCCAACAAAUGGAGGAAAACUUGCCGGCUGGAAGCAUGAUGCCAGGAGUUUCUUAUGGUGUGCUAGGUUUGCAAGGACACAUGCACAGCCAUCAAGGCUCGAUGAUCCACUCGUCGAUGCAUGAUGCUUUCCCCACGUCAGCCCAGGAAUUUAAUCAUCGAGGAUUCAUGGAUUAUAAUGAAGGAGAACGUGGUAAGACCUGUGUGAGCGAUGAGGAUGAGCCAAGCUUGAAUGAAGAUGGAGUUGAUGGUCAAAACGAGGCUGGAAAAGGGAAGAACGGCUCCCCAUGGCACCGGAUGAAGUGGACCGAUGCGAUGGUGAGGCUUUUGAUAACUGCAGUUUCUUACACAGGGGAAGAUGUUGCUUCUGAGUGUGGUGGCAGGAGGAAACAUGUGAUACUGCAGAGAAAGGGGAAGUGGAAGGCCAUAUCAAAAGUGAUGGCCCAGAGAGGUUGUUAUGUCUCACCUCAGCAAUGUGAAGAUAAGUUCAAUGAUCUCAAUAAGAGAUACAAGAGGCUCACUGAUAUUCUUGGUAGGGGCACAUCUUGCAAGGUUGUCGAGAAUCCAUCACUUUUGGACCACAUGAAUAACCUCUCUGAAAAGUCAAAGGAUGAUGUGAGGAAGAUUUUGAGCUCAAAGCAUCUUUUCUAUGAGGAGAUGUGCUCAUAUCACAAUUGUAACCGGUUGAAUUUACCUGCCGACCCAGCACUUCAACGAUCACUUCAACAGGCACUUAGAAGUAGGGACGAGCAUGACACGAGGAGGAGCUUGCACGAAGAUAUCGAUGAAGGAGAUCAAGGUGCUGACAGUGAUAAUGAGGAAGGUGAUGUUCUAGAGCGUAAUGCAUUGCAUGGUGACUUGGUGGCAUCGUGCUUUCCGAAAAGGAUAAAAUUUGGGGUUGACCAUCAAGAAGUGGUUCUAGGGAACCCUUCAGGUUCACAAAAUUGUUGUAGAAGCCUUCAAUCUCCAGGCUUGACUGUAGAUAUGAACCAAGUAUUUUCAGAAGGAUCUCAAUCCACACUGAUGCAUCACCGGUGUAAUUCCUAUCCACUUCAGCUUGAAGAGAAGAGAUUGUAUAUUCAAGCUCAGAUGCUGGAACUCGAGAGACAACAUUACAAGUGGCAAAGGUUUAGUAAAAAGAAAGACAGAGAACUAAACAGAAUGAGGCUGGAAAAUGAACGAAUGAAACUUGAGAACGAACACCUAUCCCUCGAAAUAAGGCAGAAGGAGUUAGAGUUGGAUGUUAUUUUAAAAAGACAGCAGUGAAUCAUCGUUAUUUGAUGGAAAUGAUUGAAUUUCAAGUGUUCAGUAAGGUAAGCUUACGUGAACCGAGUAGUUAGCUCGUUCUGUAGACUUUGUUUGGUGUUUUUGCAAAACAAUGUACCAACAGGGGAAUUUAUGAUAGUAAUUAUCAAACUUCCUUAUUUUUUU